CUUGACUCGAAAGGAGCAAUCAGCAAUCAUAACAAAAACAAGAAUUAAAUAAUUUCAGAAUGACCCGAGGGAACACACUACAAUCCAAAGUUUUUUACAAAGGACGGACUGAAGACUUUGUCAUAAUGGUUGAAGAUGCUGCUGCUGUGCAGAAAUGGAGGGGGGAUCAUUCUAUCCCACUAGCGCAGGUGCUCGACGGAUGGAAGAUAUUCACUGCUCAACAUGGACCUCAAGGGAUUCAUAAUGAAGCCAGCAAUGCCACAGUUGAGAACGAGUUCGGAACAUCCAACGAUAACGAAGCUAUCGCGAAAAUUUUGGACCAAGGCGAGAUCCAGGAGAAUAUCAACGCUGAGCGACAGGGCAUCAGGAAUGAGUCGCAAGGCCCACGGGGGAUUCGCUAAGAGUUUAAGGUAAGGAAGCUUGGCAGGAUAUGUGUGGAUUGUCAUACGGCUAAUAAGGCAGAAAUUCUGACGGAUGGUUACUUGACUGCCGCAAAUUUUUCUCUCUGUUGUUUGCUAUCUGACAUUUCAACUUUUCUUAUAUAUUUGAAUGGCUGAUUAUGGUGUUGACAAUACUUAUGCCAUUCGCCAAUGAAAUAUCUUUAGCUAGCUUCAUUUGUACCAGCUUAUUUGUGAACCAUAAAAUUGCAGAAAAGGCCCCGUUAAAAGGAG